AUGCCUCCCCUAUCUUCCUUCUCGUCUUCUCAACUCUCUUAUGAGGGACCAUCGAUGAUGUAUUGUUCCCUCAACGACAAUGCUUCGAAACCGGCAUUGCACCUUGACAACGAUGAUGAGACUAGUCGCUUCUUGACGCACUCCAGCAUGGAAGUCAAGCCCUGCGUCCGUCUGUGGAGUGAAAACUCCAGCGUGUGGUCUCUGCCAAUGCCUGCUGCGCAGCAGCCUAAGAAAAGGGCAGUUCACUUUGCCCGAACCAACACGGUCCACGAAAUCAUUCACGUUUCCGAAUACACUUUGGAAGAACUCGAAAACGGAUGGUACUCUCGCCUAGAACGCAAACAAAUGAUUGCCAAUCGCAACGCUUGCGUGGCUCGUUUGGAUGCUUGGCUUGAUCUUUUGCCCCAGGAUGAUGCCAUGGAGGGUUUGGAGAAAACCUGCGAGACCAGACGCGCCAUGGCCCACAUUCAUCAAGCCAUUCACGCUGUGUUGAGCGAACAAUACGAUCAACGAAUCUACGGCAUGAUCGAUCCCGACUACAUUGCCUUGAGAUACAAGGCAGUCGUCGAUAGUUAUCCCAAAAACGACCAACAACGACAACAACAACAACAAGAGAUCAUGCCAAACCCUGUUGGCAUGAUGACCUUGACGGAACAACAACAUUCUGCUGUUCGCUAUCACGAAGUGGCCCCCAUGGCCUAA